AUGGAAGGGUCAUUAAGCAAAUGGACUAAUGUUAUGAAAGGAUGGCAGUACAGGUGGUUCGUUUUGGACGAUAAUUCCGGCUUGCUGUCGUAUUAUACGUCGAAGGAAAAAAUGAUGAGAGGAGUCCGAAGGGGGUGUGUCCGUUUAAAAGGAGCUGUGAUCGGUAUCGACGACGAAGACGAUAGCACUUUUACUGUUACAGUUGACCACAAAACCUUCCACUUUCAGGCUAGAGAUGCAGAGGAGAGGCAAAAAUGGGUGCACGCAUUAGAAGAAACCAUCAUUCGGCAUGGAAAUAGACUGAGAUAUGAUUCACAUCACCCUUCGCCGACUAUACGAGAUUUCGAUAAUAGGGUAUCUGAAGCGGAUGCAUAUCUACAACUCAUGAUUGACCAAACUAGGAAUUUAGAAGAAAGGAUUAGUUCGAUAUCAGAUUCUGAAGAGGCAGUUAAAUGUCGAUUGAUAUUAGACCACGCAAAUAUAAUGUUGGAUAAUAUUAAACACUCGAUAGUUCUGUUACAAAUAGCCAAGAAUACGGCUCACCCCGUAAACGGUAUUUAUCACCAGCGACCGAGUACUUCGACCACCAACGUCACAUCGACUGGUUGUGAAACUGUACCUGGAGAAGGUGUUGUUGUUCAGCCAGGCAUCGAAUUAGGUUCAGAAUGUAUUGAAUCAGCCAGAAGGCUCAGUAGGACAAUCAAUAAUCCGACAGCUCUGGUCGUACCAGAUAUGUCGUACUCCAGUUCAGAAGGAGAAGAUGAUUUUUACGAUGCCAACGAUUCUCCCUUCUCUGGCGGCAGUCAAAUCCCUUCGCCAGCUAGUAUAAGAUCAUUCGCCGAAGAUGCUCAGUCACAAGUUAGUGACCACAAGCCAAGUAUAACGAAUAUUGUAGAAAAUAACGUCAGACAAGACAGCAUUAGGUCCAGAUCAACGAAUUUCGACGACCUUGACUAUGAUGCGCUAUAUGAAGAAAGCGACGACAACACGUUAGAACUGGAAAGUCAUGGUUCGGUUAUUAGACAUCUAUUAUCUCAAGUUAAAAUAGGAAUGGAUCUAACCAAAGUGGUCCUGCCUACAUUUAUUCUGGAAAGGAGAUCCUUAUUAGAAAUGUAUGCGGAUUAUUUUGCACAUCCUGAUAUGUUUAUAAAAAUUCCUGAUAUCAAGGAUCCCAGAGAACGUAUGGUGCAAGUAGUCCGGUGGUAUCUCUCAUCGUACCACGCCGGUAGGAAAAGUACAGUUGCCAAAAAGCCCUACAAUCCUAUAUUAGGAGAAGUAUUUAGAUGUCAUUGGGACGUGCCGAAUAGCAAUAACGGUUCAGAUGACAGUCCCGUCGACGAUGGGCCCGUUCCGUGGUGUAAAAGAUCACAGCUGUCGUUCGUCGCCGAGCAGGUUUCACAUCACCCUCCUAUUUCAGCGUUUUACGCGGAACAUUACAACAAACGGAUCAGCUUCAACGCGCACGUGUACACGAAAUCAAAGUUUCUCGGCCUAUCGAUAUGCGUGUACAACAUCGGUCAAGGAAUCGUGCACGUGAUCGACUACGACGAGGAGUACAUACUGACAUUCCCCAACGGAUACGGGAGAUCGAUUCUGACCAUACCGUGGAUAGAAUUGGGCGGCACGGUCACCAUAAAUUGUCCGAAAACCGGUUACAAUUGCAACGUGGAAUUUAUAACGAAACCGUUCUACGGUAACAAGAAGAAUAAAAUCACCGCGGAGGUUUUCGGGCCGGACGAAAAGAAGCCUUUUUUGUGUAUAUCCGGAGAAUGGAGCGGCACCAUGGAGUAUAAAUGGACUGACAGAAAUGAACCGUUUCAGGAGACUGAGGAACACAUAGACGUAAACCAAUUAAAUAUAAUAAAAAAGAACGUGAAACCCAUCAGUCAACAGGAAGAUAACGAAUCUCGUCGAUUGUGGAAGGAAGUGACAGCCGGCUUGAAAUUCAAUGAAAUUGAUCGGGCCACCGCUGCCAAACAGUCUUUGGAACAGAAACAAAGGGAUGAGGCGAAAGACAGAAAAGAAAGUGGCCAAGAAUGGCAGACAAAGCUAUUUUACAAAUCCGGCGACGACACCUACACGUACAUAAAGCCACUGCGUCAAAGGAUAACGAGUACCGGCUCUCCGGCAACGAACACUUGA